AUGGCCGCUAUGGUAAACAUGACCAACCUACUGAACGGCAAGGAUUCCCGCUGGCUGCAGCUCGAGGUGUGCCGGGAGUACCAGCGCAACAAAUGCUCCCGCCCGGACACCGAGUGCAAGUUCGCACACCCGCCGGCGAACGUCGAAGUACAAAACGGACGCGUGACCGCGUGCUACGACAGUAUUAAGGUGAGUUCCGUACACACCAAAUCUACGGUCUACGAGUGCAAGGCACCGCAAGCACCGCGAGCUUUUCAUCGGCCGUCGUAA